GGAGUUAUCCAGCAGCGACUGAAUCUCCAUUCCUUAACCUUGCUUCUCCGUUCCCCCGUCAUCUUCAAAUUAUUUGGUACCAUCAGUUUUCUUUAGUUUCCUCUUCCAUAGCUUUUUCUUCAAGAUUACGUGAACCCCUUGUUCAAGCCAUCUCUCUCUUUUCUUCCUUCUUUCUUUCUUUCUUUCGACUCUUUCUUACACUCUUCAAUCUACUUACCCACUACUCAGUUUCUUCGAUUAUGGCUUCCAUUAACUCACUUUCCCCUUCUCAAUCCCUUCUCAAAAAUACCCUUUUCGUAAUUCCCACUUCUUUUUCGAACCCAAAUUUCGAUUCCUGUUUCUUACCCAACAAACGGGUUCCUUUUUCCCUUCGAUUUCAGAAGAAUCCAGUUGGGAUUUCAACAGUUCGAAUGAGGACUGUGCCCUUUGUUUCGGCUACUACUGCGGAGAAGCCGCAGAAGAGGUACCCUGGUGAAUCUAAAGGGUUUGUUGAGGAGAUGAGGUUUGUGGCGAUGAAAUUGCAUACUAGGGAUCAAGCGAAAGAAGGUGAGAAAGUUACUAAAGAACCCCAAGAAGGGCCUGUUGCUAAAUGGGAGCCGACUGUUGAAGGGUAUUUGAAGUUUCUUGUGGAUAGUAAACUUGUUUACGAUACUCUGGAUAGAAUCAUGGCCAAGGCUGCGUUUCCUUCCUAUGCAGAGUUCAGUAGCACAGGAUUGGAAAGGUCUGAACCAUUGGCAAAAGAUUUGGAGUGGUUCAAAGAACAAGGCUAUGCCAUUCCAGAACCUUCUUCUCCUGGAGUCACCUAUGCUCGUUAUCUCGAAGAGCUGUCGGAAAAGGAUCCUCAAGCAUUUAUUUGCCAUUUUUACAAUAUAUACUUUGCCCACACUGCUGGUGGUAGAAUGAUUGGGCGAAAGGUAGCAGAAAAGAUACUCGACAACAAGGAGUUGGAAUUUUAUAAAUGGGACGGUGACCUUUCCCAAAUAUUGCAGAACGUAAGGGAGAAGCUGAACAAAGUCGCCGAAAGCUGGAGUAGGGAGGAGAAGAACCAUUGCCUUGAGGAAACUGAAAAAUCUUUUAAGCACUCCGGAGAAAUUCUUCGUUUGAUACUGUCAUGAUGACAACAGCAAUGACAGCGACAAACACGAUGACGACACUUGCUUGUCUUACCAUAGUAAUGCUAUUUUUCUUUUGUACAGCUCUAAUGGGUUAUUUAUACCCACCAUCUCUGUCCAAGCCUAAAUUUCUUAGAUUCCCUUCUUGGAACUUCUACUUUUAUUUAAGGAAAAAAUGUAUCUGUUUGUAAACUCUGAAAGUUGUAUCCUGAAAGGGAUAUUUAAGUGUAUUUACAGGAAUCAAUUUGGCUAUUGUUUUAUUGGAAGAAAGCUUAUGUUUUUUUGUU